CUGACAUCUGAUUGGCUGUCCCGAAAAAAUAAACCAUGGUCGCGGUAUUGGGCAGACGUCCACAAGGAGACUGGGCAGGAUUUGGGGUGGGAGGAGGCGGGGCUUCUGGGCUUAGGGCGCGAGCGGUUGAAAGACGGUGUCGGUAGUGCCAACUUCGGAUUCGGCUGUCCCAGCCCUUCUCCAUGGCAGACCAAGAGGAGGUACGGGUUUCUUCGCAGCCCCCGCCGACUUCCUUGUCUUCCUCGUCUUCAGAUGCAUCUUCAACAUCUUCCCCCGGCGUUCCAGUGAGUUUGGAUUGGCCAGUUCCGAGCAGGAGCAGCGGCCAAACGGUGGACCCACUGGAGGAAGUGGAGUUACAGAUCGGAGACGCAGCAUUUUCAUUAACCAAACUUCUUGAAGCCACAUCUGCAGUAUCAGCUCAAGUGGAGGAGCUUGCCUUCAAAUGUACAGAAAAUGCACGUUUUCUUAAAAGAUGGCGGGACCUCUUGAAAGAAGGCUAUGAUUCUUUGAAGCCUGACAACUGAUUUGGCUGUGGAAUAACUCUUGCUUCCUCAUUUAUGAUAUUUGCACAUGUACCAUAGGUAUAGUAAAAUCGCCAGUAUACUUAAAAUACUUUAAGUAUACUUAAAGUGGAAUUUUUCUUGUUUUCUUCACUUUUGUGAAAGCAGAUUACGGAUGUUUUUGAUGCUGGCUAGUCUUUGUUUACCUUCAAUAUAUUCUGUCUAAACUUUUAUAGAAUCUUUUAUGACAGUUAAUUUCAGCAGUAGAUAAUAAUACCACAUUGUUACCAGUAGCAAACUAGGUAGAACACUAUUCUUUUUGAUUUGCAAGAAGAUGCCAAGAGUAAUCAAGUUUGAAGUUGAGCUUCAUUUUAUGGACCAAGGAAGAAUAAUGUUAGAUUCAGCUCCAUUAGGCUAAGUUCUCUAGAACCAACCACUGUAUCUUAAUUCCACAUUCCCAGCACCUAGAAAAGUGUCACAUAAUCACUCUUAAGUUUGUUGGAUAAAAGAGUUGACAACAUAAUUAAAAUCUAUUUUUUUCUUCUGUUUUUAGCAUGAAGGUUAUAAUUGUUUUCCUAAAAAAUAUUUGAGUCAAAUAUUUACAGGGAUUUGAACUUUAACUGAUGACAGCUUUUUACAGUAUAUGAUAAAUAUU